AUGUCGGCCCCAGAGGUGACAUCAGUUUCGGUGAUAAGACUGACCAACGCUUUCGUCGGCGGACACUGCGAAGGCGUGGACGCCGUUAUGGUCUUCAUAACGAUCAGCGGACAUAAGGAAAGGAUAGACAACUUCUGCGGACACAAACUCCCGUCUCAGCUCAUGUCGAACGGCCCCUCCAUGUCAGUGGAGUUCCGCACCACUCAGACGUCACGUACGGGCAAAGGAUUCCGCGCAAUGUAUCGAUUCAUUAACAACUUUGGUAUCAGUGGCGGCACUCAAGACGAUAGAGAAGCCGUUUGCGGCUUUAUCUUCAACAGCACAAUACACCCCAACGGCUCAUUCACUUCGCCUAAUUAUCCGGGGCUGUAUCCACGGGACACGGAAUGCCACUACCAUUUCUAUGGACAGCCUAACCAGAGGGUCCACAUCACGUUCGCCUACUUCGACGUGGAAGGCGUGCCUCCUUGUGAUUCAAACAGUGCGAGCGAUUUCGUGGAGUUCAGUAAUUAUCGGACAGUCGACCGGAAAAUGUCGCGAAACUGCGGCGUAAAGGUGCCGAAGAAUGUCAUCUCUGACAACGACUUCUUUCGCAUAGCCUUCAAGUCUAACGACAAGUUUGACGGCACAGGGUUUGAGGCUUUCUAUCAGUUCCGCGCCCACGACGAGUCUAAUAAUGGGAUUCACAAGAUCUCCACAUUUCCCAAAAGUCAUGCAAUGAGUAAAUAUCUCUAA